UGUUGUUACCUUAUUCCAUCUUGUAGUCAAUCAGGAACAGUUAUUGAGUUCUUUUAAAGUUUUCAGUUUCUAGACAUACCUGUAUAGAAAUCUUCAUAGCAAAGAAAUUGUUAAGUUGUCUAGUUGGAACGCAAAGUUAAGUUUAGAGCAAAGAAAACACUGUGGUAUGUCCGCCAACUGCAAAUAGGUCAAUAGAGAAAAUCAAGUCUGAUAGUUAUAUGUACAACUAUAUCAUAUGGAAGUCUAUCGGCAGAAGCAACUGGUUAGUCCAAACAAUUGAUCCUGCAAUAGUGCUUCGUCUCCACUAUAUCGUUGCUUGAAGAUAUAAAGGAUAUUUUUCCUAAAGAUACUAUUCGAUAUAAUAAAAGAUGUCAAGAUAGUGAAACAAUAAAAUUCAAAAUCUUUAAUCUUUUAAAAAAGUGCUGAGUGGUUUGAAAAAUUUUAAAUAAAUCUGAAAAAUAAAUUUUAAUUGGAAAAUAUGUGAAAGUUCCAAGAGAAAAGUUUCGUGAAUGAGAGAAUAUUUAGUGUUCAUUGUUCAAUUAAAGAAAAUAUAUUUUAUAUCAUAGAUUAAUAACAAAAUAAAACAAAUAUUGCAAAAAAAAAUUCUAAAUAAUUCCACGCUAUAAAUUUUUUUGUGUUAAACUAGAAAGGAUAGAAAAAUCAAUUUCGUUUCUAGCUUCAAAGGUAACUAACCACAGAGUGAUAAAAAGCAUAAAGUUUCAACAAAGAAGGAGAAGGAGGAAAGACCGCCUUUUAAGGAAUUUAAGCAAAGAACCCAAAAUCGUCUUCUGGGAAAAGGAAAGCAUCUUUAAGUAAAAAGGACUUUGUACGAAAAAUACAAAACUCUUCCUCUUUCUCGUGGAACGUAUUAUCAUUAUCGUAUCUUAUAUGUAGUGAGAUGCUGGUAAGAAAGAUGAAAGGAUACUAAUGGUGUUGUGAUAACGACAGCGGUAAUUAUGAAGCCCACGCAAAGGAGCCUUCACUACUACUACAACCACUGCUAGAAAGAUUUGUCUUCGAACCCCCUCCACUCUACCACUACUGGAUGUGAUAAUUCGUAUAAAAACGGCCUCAGAUAUGAACAAUGGCAAAACUUCGACAGUACAGAUCCGUAGAGAGGCAGCAGUCAACGCCAAAUAUAAGAAAAAAAGAGCUCAAAAGGCUAUCGCCGGUCUAUCAACUAAGGACAAUGACUGCAGUAUGUUUUGUGUGCAAUCUCCCCAUUAUGUCCCAUCAAGUUGGCUUGGUAUGGCAGGGUGGAAAUGGAUGGGACGAUAUGGUCAGAGAACAGUUGGAGGAAUCUACAAUUCGACAAAGAUUGGGAGGACGAAGAGAUUCCGCAGCUCAAAUAAAUUCACCUCCUAGUACAUCUCCACCACCAGGUCUUCAACGCCGACGACGCAGUUCACUAGCCCAAUUAACUGAUAUUCUACGUGAGUGGAGUGGUGGCGGAUCGAAAAGACAAGCAAAAGCGCCACUAAACCGUCGUGAAACUCUAGCAGAUCUAGCACGAAGUUUACCAUGGGGAAAAUCUACAACUGAUGCAGGCACCGUAACAAUCACAGCAGGACAAACCCACACCGCGGUUCCUAGAAAACGUAGAGAAUCAAGUGCCGAUUCCGGUAUUAGAAGUAUGCGCUCGCGUCGUGAAUCGCACACUUCCGACCUAGUUAAGGCGUGGAAUCGUAGUCCUGUGGAACGAGAAAAGGAAGAAUCGACUGUCGCGUCUGGUGACGCUACCAGGAGUGGAUCCCGUCGCGGUUCUGGGGAAAGUUAUCGUUCCGGUCGCCGAGACUCUGUUAUUGGACGACCAUCCACGCCACCCCCGCCGCCGAAAGUAGUUGGGGCAACAAAGAAACGUCGGGAUUCACUCGUUGCCCCGGAAUUUCCGAAUUUUCGCCAGGAGCAACGUCCUUCAACAAGCUCCACUGCCUCUGACUCAGGACCGAUCAUGUUUUCGGCUGUGUGUACGGUAGAUAGUAGUUGUCAACCUCUCCCGCCUCCGACAAUAAUAACCAGUUCAGUCACACCGCCGGCGACUAGUCCCACUGCGCCCAAAGCACGUCGUGACUCAACUACCCAGUGCGGUCGAGUUGUAAGACGCGACUCUAAAGUCAGUCCAGAGCGAACUCCCCGCCUGCAGCGUUUGCAACGUCAAGCGACAGCAUAUGAUGAGUCUUGUUUACCUUCCGGAGGCAGUAGUCGACGAGGAUCGCAACCCGCUUUAAGUCCAGAUGGACCUGAUGAUGCUGAAAGACGUGCCCGACGUGAUAGCCUUAGCCCAGAUAGUGCGUCACGUGGAAGACGCGAUUCUAGAUCCCAUCUUUCACCGGAUCGUAGUCACGAACGGGAAGGAAGUCCAAGACGUAGGACUCGGUUACGUCGACAAUCAUCUUCCGCCGCAAGGACUCCUCGAUCUCCCGAAUCGAGUAGUUGCUGUUCGUCACGGGAUCCAAGCCCUUGUGCACGACCACCCCCGCCAGCUGAAACAAACAGUCGCCCUGCAAUUCGUAGACAAUCAACUACUGAAGAGAUCCUAAUUGCUAGAGGGUUUCGUAGACAAUCAACCACGGAGGAGAUGAUCAGGUGUAGGAAUUUUCGACGGCAGAGUUCGCAAAGUGAUGACGUAUGCAGAUAUCGAGGACGACGUGACUCUUCAGCGCAAAUCAUCGACGGCACAAUUGGCACAAUGACGGUGGAAACAACAAGUACGUUUUUUGAUUCGAGUACCCAGACUGAACCCUCACCGCUUUACGAUAACAAUCACUACCACGAGGAAUGUCUUCGGUGCAACUCAUGUGGUCUAAAUCUUACCGGUCCAAAUCAGAAACGUGCAAGAAGGUUCAAGAACCAAAUUCUCUGCGAUCUCCACUUCGCAGACGUAGCCCUAAUGGAGUGUUCCGAUUUUAUGCAACAGCUCAGAAGCUUCAAGCCACAAUCAUUAGGAUGUGCAGUAGCCCGACGUAAAAGUUCGACAACCCUUAUCUUUCCAUUACCACCACAAGCAUGUUCAGACGAAUUCUGCGAGGAGUAUCCACAUAAUCUAAUCCCAACACCUGGAUAUUGGAUUGAAUGUUCACGACAGAAAAUCUCUAUGCCAAAUCCACAUACGAUUUGGGAUGAUAGCGAAUCUGAACAUGAGGACUUUUCCGAAAAACCAUUACGUGCCGGGAGUUCAUCCGACGCAUACUUGGAACGAGGCUGUUCAGAUCUAUACGAGGACGAUGAAGAUUCCGAAGCCGUGCCCAGUCCUAGGAAAAAGACGGCGAUCGAGGAGCAGUGGGAACAACAGCAAGGAUUCGAGCUAACAUCAGUAGAACAGGAAACUUACGAGAAGUACUUCUAUGGGACUGAACAUUGGAAUUACUUUACAACCGAUGAGGAUUUGGGUCCAGUGAUUUUAUCAAUAAAACAGGAAACAUUAAAUGGACGCGAUCAAUUUAGAAUAUUAGUUAGAGCUAUUUCAUAUACAGUACAUGGACUGAUACCGGCUUCAUGCGUUUUUGCAGAUAGAUAUAAUCGCGAAGAAGUAGUUAGAUCCUUAGGUAAAGAAGUUAAUUUAAAUCCGCCAUUAACCUUAGGACAAUUACCAGAUACACCGGAGGAACUUUUAAAAUUAGAUCAAAAUUUCCAGGUUUUUAUAAAAUCGGAGCUCAAAGUAGGUGUUAUCUAUGUUAAAGAGAACCAAUACACCGAAGAGCAAAUUUUAGACAAUAAUGAAAAUUCACAAAUGUUCGAAGAAUUCCUACAGCUCUUAGGGGAUAAAGUUCGAUUACGUGGUUUCGAUAAGUACAAAGGUGGCCUUGAUACUGUUCACGAUUUAACAGGACUUUACUCGGUUUAUACAAAUUGGCGAAAUAUUGAGAUCAUGUUUCAUGUUUCUACUUUAUUACCGUACGAAAAACAUGAUCCACAGAAGCUACAACGUAAGCGGCACAUCGGCAAUGAUAUCGUCUGUGUUGUAUUUCUGGAAGCUGACAAUACUCCGUUUAGUCCUGCCUGUAUAAAAAGUCAUUUUCUACAUACGUUUAUAUUGGUAAGGAUAUCAAAAGCCCGUAUUCAACGAAAACCUACACGGUACGAAGUAUCAGUUGUAACCAGAGACGAAGUUGGUGCCUACAAACCAUAUUUAUGGGAACAAUCAGUAUUCGAAAAAGGACCCAUGUUUCGAGAAUGGCUUCUUACGAAAAUCGUCAAUGGCGAACGUGCCUCAUAUUCAGCACCGAAAUUUGCACGUAUGCAAGAACGUACGAGAUCUCAAAUGCUUGAAGAUCUUGUUAUGAAUUUAUCGAAUCAUGCGGAAACCGGACAAAUCCCUAAACCAUACCGAAGGGGUUCAUGGAGACCCAUCGGUCAUAUGAGGCCUUCGUCCCCGCUCCUAGAUUCAGUACGAGAUCAAUUCGAGGACUAUGAUCAGCUCGCCAAGGACUUUACAAAAGCAUUCCUUAACCAGGAACCUAAUAUUUUAACAAAUGCUCAACUUUUCGAUGUGGUCUUUUUAGUAGGACAAUCAUCCAGACCUAAGGCACGAUUUAUAGGUGUUCGAGCGAUCUUAGGGGUCCGGAGCAGAGUGUUCCAGGAAAUGCUUUAUGGCAUCCAAACAGGGUUUGGCUCCCCGCAAGUUCCCGUAGCAGAAAUCUUCGCUCGUCCUGCACCAUCACUUGUCUCUCCACAAAAUCAGAAACAGAAAAGCAACUAUCUAACUGUUCCAGACAUAGAAUCAGCUCGUCCAAAAAGUGUUCCAUCAUCGCCAAUGGUAAAACGCGCAUUCUCCCGAUUAGGAACCAUAACUGCUGGAUGGGGACGCUCAAUACGGAAACAGAAUACACAAUUAAAUGCUGAAGAUAAAAAGCGUUGGGCGUCAUCACAAGAUUGUUCGAAUAAAGACGGCAAGGACAAAGACAAGGAUAAGUCAGGAAACAACCAAUUGGGCAUUCCACGACUGUCUGUUUGCGCAGAUGCACAGAAAGUAGAUCGCACGAAAUUAGCACAGACUGAGUUUAAUAUAAUCGAAUUCGAUCCAGAGACGUUUAGAGUCCUUUUAGACUAUCUACAUACGGGAACGUGCCCGCUCACAUGUGUUACAAUACCAGGUCUGCUUUGCGCCGCCGAACAUUACGAUCUCCCCGAAUUACUGCAAGCCUGCUUCCACCAUUGCAAGCAGUUCCUGCGGGUCGAAGUUGUUUGUCCAAUGCUCAUCUCGUUGGAGAACUACUACUGGCGCUACACCUCCGCAUCCGAACUGGUUAACAUGAUCCUCACUUUCGUCGAGAGUAAAGCCGAAGCCUUAUUGGAUAUGCCCGACUUUCUUACCCUUAGUGAGAGUAUGGUGCAGAUGAUAAUGGCCCGCGAUCUGCAAGUACCUGAAGUUCGCAAAUUCGAUACGAUGCUGGCUUGGGCUGAGUGCAAGGUAGACAAGAUGAAAGCAAAUCCAAAUAUCGACGUUAAUCUGGAAUUCCGGUGCAUCAUGGAGCGUCUGACUCGCGAUUUGAACCUGUGUAAGAUAUCGCCAAGUGAAUUGAUAACAGUCGUUCUGCCAACGAAAUCACUACGAAACGAGCGAAUCAUGGAAACCUUAAUGAUACAAGCACACAUGGGUAUGUAUAGGGUUCAGGAAGUGGAUGAAUGCAAGAAAAGAUUGAAAGCGCAGGAUUCGCAGUGUAGCGAGGGGAGUAUAACAGUCUACAGAUCGCAUCUGUAACUAUUUGCUUUUGACUGCAUCCAGUUGGGCUCAGUUGGUUUUCUUUAGAUUUGAACUUUCAAGAUACUCAAUUGUCGGGAGAUCUGGGGGCGGGGAUUGGGUGUGAUCUCGGUCAAUUGAGUAUCGGAACUGCCACCCAACCACCCUUGCCCUCUCCGCCUCAUUGUGGAUUCAUUAUUAUUGGUUUGUGUUUUCAUCUUUUUUUUUCAUCCGCUCUUCAAAUAGUCCCUAAACGUUUCCAUAAAGUAAGUUUCCGGGGCCGAAAUUUAUCGGACCAGCAUUUCCAUAAAUGUUCAAAUAAAUUAAACAUCUUAAUAGCAACCAACUAAAGUCCCCGACAGGAGGACAGUUACAGAUAAAAAUUUUUCUUUUAAAGACAAGAUAAGAAAAAGGAUAAUGAGGGAGUGUGUUGACUUUGGAACAAUUUUCACUGAUUCUGAUGAGAUACGCGGUGAUGUGAGAAGGUGUAGUCUAGAGAAAAGAAUUUGAUUGCAGGGAUCCUGAGAAGGUAACAGAAAAGAAAAUAAAUUAUGAAUCGGAAAACGAGGAGUCGUAAAUUUUUCCAUAGUCAAGCCAGCAGGCUUCUCUAGGCUAGGAGCACAUAGUAACUAUUAAAACCGAAGACUAACUAAAUCUAGUGCUGAACAGGAGAGUUUCUAAGCAAAACUAUCUGUUAAACAUACAAAAAAUUACCAAACAUUAUUAUUGUAAAAUAAAAGAUUAAAGCUACUAUUCAGAUGUAACUAAAUAGGAUAAAUGAAUGAAGCUGCAUUGCGAGUGUGGAGAAAUCUUAAAGUAGAACGUGCAAAAGAGAAAGUUUGUGGAGCAAAGGAAAAUGUGAAAGUACGAGAAAUUCUACACUCAAACAAUUGAAGAUAAAUCUAAUCGACUUACAUUAUAAAUACUGAAAGAAGUGAAAAUAACAAACUGAAAUACACUUAAAUAUUGUGACUUCUAUUAUUAUAAAAUUAUUAUUACUGUAUACAUAAAGAAGGAAGCGUUAAACAAUUCUAUAGAGACGAAAAAACUGUUUUGAUACUGACAAAAAAAA